AUGUUUUUGUGCUCUAUUCCCGGUUUGUCCGGUUCAACUUGUAUACCCUGCGCACUCAGCCAAUCAGCGUGCGUUGAAUUAUAUAACUCGCGCUGUGAUUGGUCAGACGUGCGUCGUGAAUGUAAACAAGAAAAUCUAAAAGUUUUCCCUGAUGUUCAACAGGCUCGAACAUUUUUAGCUGAGAAGCAAAGAUUUUGGCAGUUUGGGGUGCGUUUUGUAGUGAAAGAGCUCGUUUUUGGCGAGGCGCUUGCCUUUCUUCAAGCUAGAAGCUUCAGUAUGAAAUAUCUUGUGGAGGAACCGAAUGGAAAUCUACACGAAAUCACCGUGCCAAAAAACGCCGCCGGUCAAGUUUGUUACGAGAAGGUAAACACAGCGGAUGAGACUACAUUGUCUUCGUACAUUUCAGUCCUGUAUUCUACUUUUAUAUUCGCAAAAAACCCCUCAAAUUUAGGCUUAAAUUGUCACUUAUUUUCUUCUUCUAGUUGUGUGCGAAGCUGGGAAUCGUUGAACAACAUUAUUUUGGCUUAACUCGCCCGAUAAAUCACGAAACGAGAACAUGGCUGAAUUUACGAAACCCUCUGAUGGCGCAGCUUCGUCCGCAUAUAACUGGGAAACCGCAUCGUUUACGCUUAGAUGUUAAAUUCUACGUACUGCCUCAAGAAAUACAACAUGAAAGAACUAGGUAAGCUGCUAUUUCGUGCUAUUUUGCGUGACCACAAGCGCGGGCAAAUUCGCUACAAAGUUCACGAACUUCACGACAACAUGUAUUCAAAUGGCUAUAAACCCCUGGUGUAUAUGAACAAUUGUGCAUUUCGCCCGUGAAAUAUGUGUUCUCCUCACUCAAAAACUUCUCUAUUUUCCAGGCACUUCUUUUACCAUGCAUUGAAAAGGAAUUUAGGCGAAGAUAAAUUCGUUUUAAGUCAAAACCAGCUCACUAAACUGCAUGCGUUGAUCAGGCAAGCCGAACAAGGAGACUACGAAGGGACGGACGAGCACCGAAGCUAUCAGACGUGUUCAAUUCAAAACGCUUGGGAAAGGGACAUUAGACUAGAACAUAAGAAACUUAAAGGCACCUCAGAAAGCGUGGCUAAACUGAAGUUUAUCUCCAUUUUGGCCGAGACAGAAUUCUAUUUCUGUGAAUGGUUUAAAGUCAAACUCGGGGGAGAGAAAUUAUUUGCUGCCGUCGGGGCGACCGGUUUGACUCUUAUAAAUCGGCGAAAUCCACAUAGCUCGAAAGAAGUGUAAGUAUUACUAGUAAACAGCAUAUUCCUUUUAUAAAUAGUAUAUACUCCUUAAUUUUUGUCGCGGUUUGGUUGGUUUUAGGUAUUACAAAGCCAUUUCAUGUCGUGUACUCGCACGCCAUUUUAUAUCGCUUGUUGUCCGACUUUAUUUUAUAUAUUCCGACAAAACCGGCUUUGCUGGAAAUUUUUCCUGCUAGGCAGUACCAAUUACCAGCUCGUAGAUUUCCAAAAAAAUUUGAUAAAAUGCAUUUGCUACUGUGGUUUACAGCUAUAAUUUGCUAGCUGUACUAAAUUUAAAAUAUUAUUAACAGCCCUUUGCGAAGGUCAAUAACGUUUUGACAACAAUGACAGACAUUUUGGGCUAUAUUGUUCCACCCUGCCACACUACUUCCAAAUACUAUUUUGCAGCUAUAAUACAUGGCUUUAUUGCUUAUAUUUUUACAAAUUUUACGGUUGCAGAACAAAUUACUGUUUUUCUACAAAAAUGUAGUGAAAUGUAUAUUUUUAAUUUAGAAUAUUAAAUAGUAAUUCCCAGAAGACCAAUUAGUGCUUCUAAUUUGCUUACCAGUUCUCAUUUAAUACUGUAAGCACCAGUGCACCACCUUAUAUGAACUUGUAGUUACAGCUAAACAACUGUCACUCUGUAGCUCAGUUGGUUAGAGCCGCAGAAUCGCAGGACCACAGGUUCGAUUCCUGCCAGGGCAGAGGGCCGAUACUGCCCCUGGUUAGGUCUAAUAAAUACUUAAAAUUUUUAAAAAUUCCACUUGAAAAAUUUCCGUCUACAAAUGCUACUGCAGCACAUUUUUCAAUAAAAAGGAUUAUUUCAAGCUGACAAUAUGAGUAUUUUUAGCCAAAAUACAUGAAGCAUGACCUAUAUAAUUAGCUGCCAUGACAGUAUUAUUACUUUUCAUGAACCAUGCCAGGUUUUGUGAUUGUAAUCUGAUAUGGCAUUGUUUUACCCAUAGGGAAUUUAAAUUUUUGGCAUAUAGUUAUGUAGAUACAUUUAGAAGGCCUUUAAUAAGUAGGUUUGUAGACUUUUAAUGUAAGCAAUUUUGGCCAGUAUAUUGUAUGCUAAUCAAUGCUCUGUCAACACUGCAAACCAAACCUAUUGUUUUUGCAUAUUAAUAUUGAUUUCUGUAUGUAAGCACUCGGUUAUUAGCAAUAUUGAUUUUUAAAUCUCUGCAAAGCCUCGCACGUUGUAAUUGUCUUGGUAUUGGUUUUAUAUAGCAAAACUAUUGUGCCUAAACACCGUGCAAAACAAAAUAAUUUUCCAAGCAAAAUGUUUACAAGGCAAUGGCCAACAGCUUCUCUUGAGGCUUUACAGUGCAAAGUCCAAUGAGUAUACGGCUCAGCCAAGCACAUGUCAAUCACAUGUUUGCUGCAUGGGUGAACUGAGCAGGGCUAAAUAUUAUGUUGUGCCUACAAGCAAAAUUCAUAAACUUCAAAAUGCCCCUGCAAAAAUGCAUCAUAUUUUAGGUUUUUAGAAAUAAAUAUUGUUAAAAAUGUCCGGAUUUUAAAAUGUCUCUUACAAAUUUAUGAGGUAUUAACCAGACAGACACGACUCUUGCAUGAAUUUUGUACAACUUUACCUACAUUUUCAACUCUUUUGCAAAAUAAAUGCACAGUGCAGGCAUUUUAAAUAACUAAGAAGCAAGCAGCAAACAGAAACUAGACAACAACUCAACAAGUAAUAGCUCACAAAUGAGCAGCUUUGAACUAUAAAGCUGUAGAGAAAACACAACGAGUACUUACAAUAAAUAAUUAGAUCUUGUACUAGCAUAGAUCAAUGCUGUAAAUAAAACAAAACAAAGUUAACACAUUAACCCUUUAAGUGGUAAUGCACCCUACUUUAUUAUUUUACUCUGUCUAACACCAGACGAUUUUACUCUUCAACUGGGAGAGCAAUGCCACUCAAUGGGUUAACACCCAAUACAUCUCCCUUGAAAAGUAACAUUUAAUAGAAGCCGGGCUGGCCCUCUUAGCAAGACAGCCCAGUAUGCAAGAUCUUGCUGUGUAUAUUAAAAUUACCAUGCAUUUAUAUGGAUAAACAGGCUGACCCAGUUGCCAAGAUCUUACUUGAAAGAGCUGAGAUCUCGCUUACCGGGAUGAAAAUUUCUCCAUAUAAACACUCGCAAGCGGGCUGGCCGGCCCUGAGCACUGCUUACUGGCUGUAUUGCUAAGUGGGCCAGCCUGACUUCCAUAUAAACAGCCCCUUAGUCAAGUCAAGGGUAAUUAGUGUUUGCUGUUAUGCAUUAACAAACAGCUAAUACUAGAUUCCCCUUAUUAUACGUUUUCGUAGCGCUUUGCAUUGUGGUUAUAGUGGUAUCACUGAUAUUCAAGAUGACUUAUUUUUUGUCCUGACCCAUGCAAGAACUUUUAAAAAAAGCUAGGGUCAGGUGUGCGAUAGCCAACAGCAAAAUAUGUGCGAAAACAUUCAAUAUUUUCAUUUGAGGCCGCUAUCUUUAUCAGUGAUACCACUAUAACCACAAUGCAAAGCGCUACGAAAACGUAAUAAGGGGAAUCAUCAGUUGCUAAUUACAGCUAAUUAAUAUUAUCAUGAACUAAACCUCAUAUCUCCUGUUUUAUUUUAGUGUUUCGUAUCUGGAUAUCUCAAAGAUCAGCCUCUUUGAAGAACGAAUGAUUCUGGUGAUCAAAAGACGUAGUGCAACAUACAGAUUUCUGCAUUUCUUUCAUCCAAGCUGCGAGUCAGCAAAGGUCAUGCAUAAAUGUGUGUUGGAAAAGAAGUUGUUCUACUUUGAACCAAAAAUAUUGGACUCUGUUCGAAACCAUUACAUGCUCGCGUUCCCAUGUUGGGCCUAUCCUUCCAAGUGGCUUGCAAGACGCACAGUUCCCGAGUUGUAUCAUUUAGAUGUACGCUGUACGAGGCGGCAAGCUUAUGAAGAACAUUUUAAUGCUAUACAUGGUCAGGGAGAGUUGCCGAAGCCUGAAAUCGCUAACGAGUGUAUGGAAUUUAACGAGGACACUAACGAGGACACUAAUGAUUGUGACAUGCUAGAGGCUAGUUGCAUUAUGCCUGUAUGUAUAACAUGUAGCAGUUCAGAGAAUAUGGUUGCAUACAGCCCUUGUGGACAUGUGGAGUGUUGCAUGGCAUGUGCCAAGGGUAACGUCACUUGUGGCGUAUGCGACACACCGGUUGCUAACAAGCUAAAGACAUAUAUUGCUACAGAUGGAUUCUCUGACGAGCUACUAUGUCAAAUAUGUAUGGAUAACGAACUGUCUACAGUGUUUUCUCCAUGCGGGCACAUGUACUGUUGUAACGAGUGUGCAUCGAAAUUGAACUUUUGUCCAUUGUGUAAAGGUUGGAUCUUGUUCACCCAGAGAAUACAGUUCCUUUGCCUCGAUGUCCCUAAAAGCUAGCAGAGUAAAGUCUACUGGUGCAUCAAAGAUACUGAAAACAAGCAUUCGAACUGUAAACAGUGUAUAGUCUACUAGAUUAAAGAUGUGUAACUAGUAGUUAUAGAUAUUUUUGUCGAGUGACAGAUAUAAUGUACAUGAAAAAUUUAAAGUAUUAACAAAUGUAGAAUAUAAAUUAUAGAAAGUUAUGUACAGCAGAUUAUGUAUGUAGUGUCACUAAGCAUAGUUUGUGUGAUAUGGUAUUGUGAAAUAUGUAAAGUUCAAAUUGUACCAGCUGAUUUUACUCUACUGGGUAUGUCAUUGGUUUUUGUAUGAACUAUGUGAAAACGGUGGUCCAGUGUAGCUAACAUUUUACAAUAAGCUACCAUGGACCACUAUGUUUGAGCUAUCUUUUUCAUGUAGUUCAGACACAGACCACAACAUCUUAUUGUCGAAUACUACCUACACUGAACUCCAGAUUUAUUUUUAAUGGAUCUGUAGCCCCAUGGUGUAAUUUGCAUAUAAUGCACACACCUAAUCCCCUGCCCCUAACAACAAUUUGGACUUAACAUAUCUGUGUUUAUGUGUAACAAAUAACUUGAUGACAGAAAAUGACAUUAGAUCUAAGCAUUAGAAAAAAAAAAAAAACAGAAAUUGGAAUAUUUAAUAUUUCUGUUUCAAAAUUAAUGUACUGAUGUUAAUGUACUGAUGUUGAUGAAUGUACUAUAAUAUUUAUAGAGAUGAUUGUAAGAAUAUUUUGUGUAUUGUAUUUUAGAGGGAAAUAUUAUAAUGCACUGUUGUAUUUUAAAAUAAACAGAUGAAAUUUUGAUAUGGUAUGUAUUUUGUUAUAUUCCUCACAUAUUUGACACAUAAACCUUGUAAGAGACAAAUUGCUUCAAUGUUUACAAAUGUUUCUUAGAACUCAAGAAUUGAUACACCCUUUCCUGAAAGUAUGCCAUCUUGGGUAUAGAGCCUCGUUUUUGUCCUCAAAUUUAGAAAGGGUUAGCACUAUUUUCCAUCCAGCAAACUGACCUGACGUCAUUUUCGGAAGAUAGAAGAGGUGUUAAAUGGCUAUGUAACUAACCCAAACCCUACCCCUACUCUAACCCCUAACCCUAAUCGAAUUAAUAAAAAAAUAAAAAAUAAACGACUUUAGAAAAUCGAUAGGGCGGUUUGCUGGAUGGAAAAAAUUGCUAACCUUUAGAAAGUGCCCAGUCAGAAAGCUAAGUUUGUGCCACGUGAGCAUGAAAUUUAUCAUCGAAUCACGCCUUACGUCAUCGUAUUUGACGACUGACGUAGCCGAUGAUUUCAAUCAUAUCACAUCGGGUGAUGUUCGCGUAAACCACGCGCGGCGAUCACGCGAACAGGAUGGCCGACAAAAUAUACUAAGGAAAGAACUUCAAACAAAGCUAUUUUUUUAAAAUUAUGAAGCACAUUUUGAAAAAUGUUAUCAUCAACAUUCCAAACGAUAUGUGAUUCGAAAGAGAAGUGACAAAUACUUGCGUUAAUAAAAAACAACAACAUCCUAUUCACGUAGGGGAGUGUUCAUUAUUUAUACCCGGGGUUGGUAUCGAAGAGAAAUGGGUUGGGUAAGCCAUUUUUCUGGGGUAUGAAGGGUUGGGUAAAUAUUUUUUG